GCACACGGCACACGGGCGGGGCCGGCGCCGGCGGAUCAAGCAAGCGCAAGGCAAGGCAUGCGAGUCUAGCACGCACACGCACUGCCACUGCCAUAUAUAUGCGCCUCCCUCCCUGGCCUGCCAUAUCUUCUUCCGUUUCCGUCUCCCCUCUUCUUUGUUACAAUAAACAACCAAUCGAAGCCCCAGGCAACAUCGACCGACUAGAGUAGAUAGAGCUCAGUGGCGGCCGCCAAGAAACACCUGCGCCCUAAGGCGAGCAGCGGCAGGCAUAGGAUGGGCAGGUCCCCGUGCUGCGAGAAGGCGCACACGAACAAGGGCGCGUGGACCAAGGAAGAGGACCAGCGCCUGAUCGCCUACAUCAAGGCGCACGGCGAGGGGUGCUGGCGCUCGCUGCCCAAGGCCGCCGGCCUCCUCCGCUGCGGCAAGAGCUGCCGGCUUCGCUGGAUGAACUACCUCCGCCCGGACCUCAAGCGCGGCAACUUCACGGACGACGACGACGAGGUCAUCAUCAAGCUCCACGCCCUGCUCGGCAACAAGUGGUCGCUCAUCGCGGGGCAGCUGCCGGGGCGCACGGACAACGAGAUCAAGAACUACUGGAACACGCACAUCAAGCGCAAGCUGCUGACCCGCGGCAUCGACCCGCAGACGCACCGCCCGCUGAGCGCCGCCGCCGCCCUCACCGCCGGCCUCCCGUCGCCCGCGCGCCCGCCCACCGUGCUGUUCGCGCGCCCGGCGCCGUCGGAGGACGGCGGCCACAGCAGCGGCGGCGGGAGCGCCGACCACGCGCCGCGGUGCCCCGACCUCAACCUGGACCUGUCCGUGGGCCCGCCGUGCUCGCCGCCCAAGACGCCGGCGGCCGCCGCGUCGACGCCCACGUCGCAGCAGCAGCAGCAGCAGCGGACGACGACCAUCUGCCUGUGCUACCACCUCGGUGUCCGCAGCGGGGAGGCCUGUAGCUGCAAGUCCCCCUCGCCGGCGGCGGCGGGGUUCCGGUUUCUCCGGCCGCUCGAGGAGGGCCAGUACAUAUAAGGCAGGCGUCGUCGAUCACAGUAGGCCGGCAGAAGCAAACCUGUAAAAACAACCACAGAACAGAGUUUCUAAUGGAGAUGAUGACUGAUGUGGAUGGAUGAUGAGAGAUUGAGAGCAUAGCAUCAUUUCUCGUGUUCCCCUCGCUUCAAAACCGAUCUAUUUCUUAUUUCCGUUUUC